AACAUAUUAGCAUCUGUAGCGUAUCAGAAGACACAUCAAAAAGUCAAAUUUUAUAUAAAAUAUAUAUAUUUUAAAUAAAUAAAUCUCUUUAUAUUACGCGAUCCAAAAUGUCGUUCAGAUAUUUAAUUCUCUUGACACUUGCAACUGCCAUUGUCCACGCUGCCCCAGCAAAGGAACAGGAAGAAGAAUUCGAAGUUGUACCAAUUGUCAGAUCCGAAGUGAAUAAAAACGAAGAUGGCAGCUAUCAUUUAUCUUAUGAAACUGGUGACGGUACGUCGCGUGAUGAGAAAGCCACCCUAGUUGAUGUCGGUACCGAAGAUGAAGCUCUUGAAGUGAAGGGUUCCUAUAAAUAUAUAAACGAUAAAGGUGAAGAAGUUGAAGUGUUUUAUACAGCCGGUGUUAACGGUUUUGUACCGUAUGGAGAAUCAAUUAAUGCUGAAAUAAGCGCUGUAGCCGAAGCUGCCAAAGAUUUACCUAGAGACGAGCCAGAGAAGGAUAGGAAACAUUAAGUAAUGUUAGGAAUUAAACUUUUUUGAAUUAUGUUAAAAAUCAAAAAAAAAAAAAAACGAAAACAACUAGAAUUAAAUUAUAAAUAAUAAUUUUAUAUGUGUAUAUAAAUUAUCUUAUAAAAAUAUAUAGACCGGCGUGUAAAUAGAUGAAAGCCAGGAAGAAUUGAAUAAAAAAAGAAAUCUUAAAAAAUCGUAUACAAAAAAA